AUUGUAUCAGGAAAAUUCACUUGGUGUGGGCGAAUGUCGCCUCUAUGGUCUUUUUCCAUCCUAUCUUAUCUCUCUCUUUAUUGAUUCGCCCUUCUCUCCUUCGCUCUUUUCUUUUUGCCAAAUACACUACCGUCUUUCGUCGCUCUCGCGCAGUCUGAGAAUGCCCACCGUCUUACUGCCUUCGUCGGCAGCCGCAUUUGCCCCGCGGUCGUCACCAAACGUGGUGCUCAACACCCGCAUCGAACCGUGGCUCACGGCCACUUUGAAACGGGUCAACCGAGUCAAGCGUCCGCUGAACAAUGUCACACAGCAUACCAGGUGUCUGACCGAGACACUCUCCUCGCCUAACGCUAUUUGGACACUGUGCUCGAUGAUGUUUCCCAAGGCGCCCGACGCCGAACUUCGCAAGGACGACAAUCCUCUCGUGGAGGGCCUCUUCAACUAUCAAAUGAUUCAUAUCGAGGCCUACGUCGUUCAUGUGGAUAUGGUGUCGCAGAACGAAGUCGCCUUCAAGCUAACCCCGGAGACGAUCGAAGCGCUGGUGGAUUACCACAAGGACGUCUAUUCCGUCGAUACCGCUGCGAACACCCUGGACUGGUCCGACAAGGGUAGCCAGCUCAAGAAGCUACAGGAGGAGUUUGUCCAAGCAGCCAACAAGUUCGUCUAUCGCACGAGCGUUCUCGCCCUGGAAGGGCUGGAGGAGGACGGGGCGGGUGAACUCCUGGCUGGCCGCAGCGAGGAAGCCAAAGCGGCCAUUUCCAACUUGUUCGUCCCCCUGCAACCGCCACCUCCGCGUGUCGUCGACGUACUCCGUUCGGUCCCGUUCUUGCCCAGCUCAACUGUGCCGGGCCCCUGGUGGCAGGACUCGAUGCAUCAACCUCUCCCGAUGGAGCCGUGGAAGGUCCUGCCGUCCAGCCCAGCCACCACCACGACUGGGGAUGCGAAUCCGGGACUCUGGGCUCACAUGAGCAGCAUGGAGGACGCGCAGCUGGCGUCGCCACCAUCGACCUUCAGUCCGCCGUACACAACCGCGCCGCCGUACAGCACGGCGCAGUACUACGGUGUCGCGGCGACCUCGGCGGCCCUUGCGGCCCUUCCGCUGCCGAGUAUGCUCUGCAGCACGGCGGCGAACAUGUCUGGGUUUGGAUGGGGGGAUCGAUACCAGGAUUUCUCAUCGCUUUCGCUUCCCUACGGGACAAUAAUGUAAACGAGUCCAUGGAACCAGACACUUGAUGUUAACGGGCUCCCUGACUUGGCGUGUGUUUUGGAAACAGAUCCCAGGGUCCGAACCGACAUCACGAAUAUUACAGCUCGCCUAUGCCGCCUGGCCCGAUCCCACCAGCUUUGAACCGACCGGGGCCGAAUUCUCCCAACGACAGACAUCCAAUUAAUUGGCAUCAAUGACGGCGUUAUCCUUGAUUGACUU